AAUUAUCAUCAUUACAUCAACAAAUAGAAGAAUUUCAAAUAGCUUACCAAUCUAAUGUUGAAGUAAUAAUACCUUAUAAUCUUAUUGUUCAAGAUUUUUAUAAUCAAGAAGAAUUAGAUGAAUCUAUUUUAUUAGAUAAAUCUGAUUUAAAUGAAUUUAUUUUAAAUGAUGAACAGAUAAAUAA